UACGUCGCGGCGCAUCGGAUCCAUUGUGAAUGUAAAACGGGGAGUUGUGGGAGUCGAUGGGAUCGGGAUAGUCGGCUGUCACUCUUCACAGCAAGUGCGUUCGUGUAUUUCGCCGAAAAACCGCUACAUAUCCAUCUAUGGUGUUGCAAAUCGUCUUUUAGUGCAGGUGCGAUGUUUAAGGGCACAGUGCGGAUAAAAGUAAUCCAGGCCGAAGGGUUGCGCCCUACCGACUGCUCGAAACGCCACAACAUGAUGUUCGGCAAGUCUGACGACCAGAUGGACCCCUACGUCACCAUCGACGUGGACGACACCCACCUGGCCCAGACCACCACCAAGUCGAAGACGCUCGACCCCGUCUGGAACGAGUCCUUCGAGGACGACGUCGUCGACGCCAAGACGCUCACGUUGACCGUUUUCCACGACGCCGCCAUACCACCCAAUGUCUUUGUCGCCAACUGUAGUAUACCACUCGAGGAUUUACUACAGGACCACGAGAAAGAUUUUUGGGUUAAUUUGGAGCCUACCGGUCGACUUCGUCUUCAGGUGGACUUAGAACGUCGCGGGGAUGUUAAUACGAGACGGCAGUUCAAAGAGCGCCAAGGCUUCAACCGAAGACGAGGUGCUAUGCGUCGAAGGGUGCACCAAGUCAACGGACACAAAUUCAUGGCUACGUAUCUUCGCCAACCCACAUUUUGUUCCCAUUGUAGAGAUUUUAUUUGGGGUUUGAUGGGUAAACAAGCCUAUCAGUGCCAAGUAUGUGCUUGCGUCGUUCACAAAAGGUGCCACUCUUUGGUUCUUACAAAAUGUCCAGGGAUCAAAAACGAGAGUACUCAGCCAAAUACGGGAUUUAGUGUGAAUAUACCCCACCGUUUCGUGGUCCACAACUACAAAAGAUUCACAUUUUGUGAUCAUUGCGGGUCUUUACUCUAUGGACUUUUCCGACAAGGACUUCAAUGUGAAGCUUGUUCUUUGAAUGUUCACAAGCGGUGCCAGAAAAAUGUAGCGAACAAUUGCGGAAUAAAUGUUAAACAGAUGGCGGAAGUUUUGUCAUCUAUUGGUGUUUCCCCCGACAAACAAUUCCAAACCCAUGUUAAAUACGUCCCAGCGUCAACAAAUCAAGAAGCUUCAUCGGAAAAUGCCGAAACCAACAAAACCUCCAACACUACAAAAGAAAGCAAUGAAGAACCACCUGCAUGUGAAGAAAUAAAAGAACAAAGAAGUCCAAAUAAAAUUAGUUUAGAUGAUUUCAAUUUCAUCAAGGUUUUGGGAAAGGGAAGUUUCGGGAAGGUUAUGUUAGCUGAGAGGAAAGACACGGAAGAAAUCUUCGCGAUAAAAAUCCUCAAGAAAGAUGUCAUUAUCCAAGAUGAUGACGUCGAGUGUACCAUGACUGAAAAAAGGAUUUUGGCGUUAGCUGCCAAGCAUCCGUUUCUGACUGCGCUUCAUUCAUGUUUCCAGACUAAAAAUCGCCUUUUCUUCGUUAUGGAAUACGUAAAUGGGGGAGACUUGAUGUUUCAAAUCCAAAGGGCGCGAAAAUUCGACGAGCCAAGAGCGAGGUUUUACGCAGCUGAGGUCACGUUAGCGCUCCAGUUUUUGCACAAGCACGGGGUUAUUUACCGAGACUUGAAACUAGACAAUAUUUUGCUGGACGCUGAGGGGCACUGCAAAUUGGCCGAUUUUGGGAUGUGCAAAGAGGGGAUCUUUGAGGGUAUUACGACUACUACGUUCUGUGGCACUCCGGAUUACAUCGCUCCGGAGAUUUUGCAAGAGCUGGAGUACGGGGCGAGUGUGGAUUGGUGGGCUUUGGGGGUUUUGAUGUACGAGAUGAUGGCAGGGCAGCCGCCGUUUGAGGCUGAUAAUGAGGAGGAUAUGUACGAGUCGAUUUUGCACGACGAUGUUCUUUAUCCGGUUUGGUUGAGUAAGGAGGGUGUUAAUGUCUUAAAAGGGUUUAUGACGAAGAACCCGAAUAAGAGGUUGGGGUGUGUGGCCUCACAGGGCGGCGAGGCGGCGAUCAAAGUGCAUCCUUUUUUCAAGGAGAUUGACUGGACUGCGUUGGAGCAGAAGAAAGUAAAACCGCCUUUUAAACCAAGAAUUAAAAGCAAAAAGGAUGCGUUGAAUUUUGACGCAGAGUUUACGAAAGAAGAACCAGUUUUGAGUCCGGUUAGCACCGAAGUGACGAAUUCAAUAAACCAAGAGGAGUUCAAAGGAUUCUCGUUUAUUAAUCCAAAUUACAAUCCUAAUCGUUUUACUGUUUCAAGCGACUAAGUUAUUGACUAGAGAUGAUUUCAGUUAAAUUUCAACCAUAUGAAUAAGUUUCAAUCUGACUCAGUUAUUAGAUAGAAGAUUUCUGUGAUCUUACUGGAUAAUUAAACCAGAAAUUAAAUGUAUAUUUACGAAAGGCCUAAGCUCUGUAAAUAUUUUAUUUUGGUGAAUUGAGAAGUUUUAUUAGAUCGAGUCAAUUUAUUGUUGUGGUAGCCUUAAAAUUGUACAAGACUCAUGUUUUCACAUUUUGUGUUUGCAACCAGGAGAUCGUAAAGAGCUUAUCAAGAGAGAUUUUUAAGGAAAAUUGUUGAUAAUAUGAUAGUUUAUGUGGAUUUUGUUUAAAGUGUAGCACAAAUGAUGUAAAGAAUGCCACACAAUAACCACGAACAUGGAGAGCAAUCAUUACGCAAAGUGUGCCUGUUGAUGUUGUAUGAGUUAAAUAAAUUUAUCUGCCAUAUUGAGCUGUUUAGAACAAAAUCGAAUACAUUUCAAAGAAAUGUUUGUUGUUGGAAGGACAAAAAUGUUUUAUGUUUAUGUCUGUAAUAGGUAGUAAUAUUAUUAGUACAGUCAGCUAAUAUAGUGAUGGAUGUUUAGCGAAUUUCCCAGUAUAAAAUAGAUACAGAUUUUUCAACCUAUUCGUCUUUCUUUUUUUUAGUAUUAUUCACGAUUUUAUCAAAUAACUUUGCGUCCGGUAUUGUGCCAAAUUUAUUUUGCCUACCUCAUCUAUUUUUAUGACAAAUACCAUAUGUUACCGUUUCUGUUGUGGUUCUCUUAGUACAAUGUGUAAUACCAACUAAUAGUAUUGUACUAUUUCUCCAAAACAGUGUACUAUAGCAUAUACCUAGUAGAUAUGUUAAUGCAGGUUAAUGGAGCACCUUUUGUUUUUUGUUAUUUUUGAGGUUUUUUAGAUUUUAAUUAUACAUAUAUAAAGCAAGGGUGUCGAAAUAAAGCUAUACUUCUUAUAGGCUUUUAUUUUUUUCUUAGAAUUCUGCAUGAAUUAGUAAGAGCUAGAACCGGUAUUAUCAUAUCUACUUAAAAUAAAUAAAUAUUAUUUAGUGUA